GACACCCCACGUGCGAUGAAAAUUUUGCAGAAAAGCCCCUCCACUAUUCCAAAAUUUUCUUAUACUGCCACUCCCAAACUCACCACUUUCCGCCCUCAAUUCCUACUCUUUUUUCCACUAACGCCACUCCUCCCACUCAGGGGCACCUUCCUCUUAGUCUCUAUAAAUAGCGUUUCUCCAAUUUCUUCUUUACCUCACAAAAUCAAAUCCUUUGUUCUCUCUGAAUCUCUCUCUCCUUCUACCAAUUUUCCUGUGGUAUUCAAACCUUUCUUUCUUUGGAAAUUUGCCGAAAAAUUCCUUGUUCUUCCCUAUAUUUAUUACGCCAUUGACGAAGAUUUUAGAAGAAGCGUGGAUGUUGUAAUGAAGACGGAAGGCGGUAAGAAGAAAUCUAGCAGUAGUAGUAGCAAGAGUAGUAAAAGGCAACAAUACGAAGCUCCGCUUGGAUACAUUAUUGAAGACGUUCGUCCUCACGGUGGCAUUGAGAAGUUCCGAUCUGCUGCUUAUUCCAACUGCGUGAGGAAGCCGUCCUCGGAACAACCUCCUUCUCCGAUCGGAUUCGAAGGUUUCGAAAAACGCCUAGAAAUCACAUUUUCCGAGCCGCCUAUUUUCCAGGACCCUGAAGGACUCGGUCUCCGAGCUCUGACUCGAACUCAACUCGAUUCAAUCCUCGAACCUGCUUGCUGCACUAUUGUUUCUCAUCUCUGUAACUUCGAUUUCGACUCUUACGUCCUCUCCGAAUCGAGUCUCUUCGUUUAUCCACGAACAAUCAUCCUCAAAACUUGCGGCACCACCAAGCUCCUCCUUUCCAUUCCGAUGAUUCUCCAACUCGCUGAUUCACUCUCACUCGCCGCCGUCGCCGUGAAAUACUCCCGUGGAACCUUCAUCUUUCCUGACUAUCAACCUGCUCCUCACCGGAGCUUCUCCGAGGAAGUCACCGUACUGAAUGUCUACUUCGGUCAUCUCAACUCCGAGGCGUACGUGAUCGGCGAUCCGGCGGUUCCAAAUCGCAACUGGCAUAUCUACUCGGCCGUAAAAUUGGAGUCGAAUGUGAACCGUAUGGAUUUGGUUUCUUUGGAGAUUUGUAUGAUGGGAUUGAACAGAGAGAGGGCAGCGGUGUUCUUCAAAAAAUCUGGAGGAGAAGACUCAUCGGCUGAGAAAAUGACGAAAAUGUCCAAAAUCUCUGAGAUAAUUCCGAAUCACACGAUCUGCGACUUCGAAUUCGAUCCGUGUGGUUACUCAAUGAACGGGAUUGAAGGUUCAGCGUAUUCUACGGUGCACGUUACUCCAGAGGAUGGCUUCAGUUACGCCAGCUACGAAGCUAUGGGCUUCGACGCGACAGAGCUGCCGUUCUCGCAGCUGGUGAAUCGGGCGCUACGAUGCUUUUCUCCGGCGGAAUUCUCAAUCGCCGCCACGUGCGGCGGCGGCUUCCGCUCGUGGGCUGUGGAUCAUGCUGCCGUGGAGGGGUACACGUGUGACAACAUGGUGAAGCAGGAGAUGCUAGGUGGCGAGUUGCUAGUUUACCGUACGUACACCGUGGAUAGAAAAAGGUGCGUCGAGCCCCCGCCGUGCAAGGCGUUGCUGAUGCAGUGCUGGAAGGAGGCUGCCGCCGAUUCGGCGGAGGAAGAGGUGGUGUUCCACCGUGUGUCGUCAGCUUAGGAGGAAUAUUGUUAAAAAAAAAAAAACCUCUAGUAGGUCGUCUCUAAGCUUGAAUAGUAAGGGGAGUAUUAGAAAUAUUUAUAUGAUUCUAAGGUUAGGGCGGUGAAGUGAUUGUGAGUCACAGCCAAUCCUGUGUGUGGGUUUAUGUGUUUUUUUUUUUCUUUUUUUAAUCUUCUUUUAGUCGUCCAGAAAUGGCAGGUCUGUCUGUCUGUCUGUGCUGGGGGUUAUGUCACCGUAGGUGUGGCGUGAUUAGAUUUGUUUGGGGUGAGGUAUUGUCUGUUUGGUGUUUUUCGGGCGUUGGAAUGAUUUAUAUCACAGUAAUGGUUGUGUUGUAACUUGUAAUGUACAUUUUGGUUUUGAAUUUUGAAUAAAAAUUUAAUAUGUGGCGGUUUGCAGAAAUUA